AUGAAGCUGCCCCUCCCCCCCCCGGGCUGUCGCCGUUUGUCCCCUCUGGGGGUGGCCCUGGGCGUGUUCGUCACCCUCGGCUUCACCCUGGGGCUGCUGGGGGGGCCCUUCCUCCGCAGCCUUUUGCAGGUCCAGCGGGUGAUGCCCAACGACAGCUUCUACUUCUCGAUCGUUCGCGACCCGGGCACUUUGGGCGAAUCCGCCUUCUCGUAUUUCCGCGCCGCCGCCCCGGCUUUCCGCAAUUCCCCUUCCCUGGACGCUUUCCUGGCUUCCCCUUCUCGUUUUUUCCGUCCCGGCGUUCGGGGCAAUCACUACGCCCGCAACCUGCAAUGGUUCGAUUUCGGCCUCCCGGAACCGAAGAAUUCCCAAGAAAUCCCGGCCAUGCUGGAGGCUUUGGAGCGCGUUUUCCCUCUGGUUCUGUUGGCCGAGAGUUUCGACGAGUCGCUCGUGCUGCUCCGCCACCGCCUGUGCUGGCCGCCCGACGCCGUGGAUUUGUUCCCUCACAAUUCCCGCGGUUCCUCCCGCCAGGUGUCGCCGGCUCAAAUGCGGCGCCUCCGCGCCUGGAAUUCCUUGGAUUGGGCUCUUUAUUCCCAUUUCAACCGCAGCUUCUGGCGCCAGGCCGAGCGCUUCGGGCUGCGGCGCCUGCGGCGAGAGGUGGCCGAGAUCCGGCAGCGCCGCCGAGCCUUGGCCGCCAAAUGUUUGAGGGGAGGGGGUCCCGUCCCAGCCCAGGCCAUUCCCGACGGGAAUCUCCGGCCUUUCCAACCCCCGGGGGGAGGGAAAAUCUUGGGGUUCGCCCUCAAGGAAGGGUUGGGAGCCGAGGAACGGGAAUUGUGCGGCCGCCUGGCGAUGCCCGAGCUGCCCUACAAGGAUCUGCUGGAGCGGCGCCAGUUCGGGCCCAAAAACGGCACUGCCGCCUGAAAUUCCC